UAGCGAACGUCCUCGGAGCGAGGGUGCCCUUUCCCCCUCUUCCGCCUUCAGAAAUCCUGCAGUGGCGGUAUGCGUCGGUCGGGGUGCGCUCGACACCGGGCGUCGCAGCGAGGGCCCUCCAUACAACCUAGCGGGUCCGCGGCUGGAGUCUAGAAAAGGGCCUUCUCUCUUGUGUUCCUUUUUUUCCUUUUCUUUUUCUCGCCCUCUCCCCGAAGUGUGUGCCACCAUCCAGCUGCUCCAACUGGACUCUGGGGGCCUCCUCCGAGGCAAAACCUCCCUCAUCUAUCUGCUCGAUGGUAAGGAAGCCGAAAAAAAGGAAAACAGUGCGCCAGUGCAAAAAGUGUGAUGCUGUGUUCGUAUGGUGAACUGGCUGCUACGUAAGCUGGACGAUUGCAGCGCCAUCGGAUCCUCAUCCCGUCGUCCGGCCAACUCCGAGGACUGUGAGACAUCGAACUCGACUUGACGACGACGCGAGAUCUUUUCAAGAUGCCCAGAUAGUGAGGAGGGAACCGCUUUUCUCUUCAUUCCUUCUAUCUUUCCUUCGUUCCGUCGGGCUAUUGAUAUGAGCGUAGAUUUAAAGCGCGAAAGGUAUCACCGCCUCUUCAGCGUCGCGAUAAACUAGCCAGCCCACUUCCCACAGCCCCACGAAGGAAAGGCACUCACCCGCUUUUAACGUUUUGUUCAAAAAGCUUGUAUCGAAACGACACCCACGCUUUGUUCGAUAUAUCGAAGUCGUUAUUAGGUGCUUGCGAAACCUCACGAAGAAGCUAUAAUAAGCCGCAGAUGUUUCAGUCCCGCCCGGUCGCAGAAGGUGAUUUGAACGUUAAUCCUAUCAAUUGCACGCCGAGCGUAUUAUAUAUUUAAUUAUAUAUAAUUGCACGUAAGCGAGGGACCUCUCAACUAGAGCGCAUAUCAAAGGAAGUUGCAUAGUCAUCGUUGUGUCUGCAUCGAUAUGGCGUUCGGUUGCUGGUCCUUCGUUCUGCAGGUGAUCCUUUUCAUCGCUUAUGGGUCACAGGAUUCGUCAACCGCCCUCCAGCCGGGACAAACUCAACGUGGACAAAACAUCACGCAGAUUCUAGAUACCUUCUUCACACGUGGAUACGACAAGAGGGUGAGGCCAAACUAUGGAGGCUUACCGGUGGAAGUUGGCGUCACUAUGCAAAUCAUCAGCAUCAGUACAGUCUCAGAAGUUCAAAUGGACUUUACGUCAGACUUCUACUUUCGUCAGUCAUGGCGGGACGAACGCCUCUCCUUCCAGAAGGUGACCGGCCUGGACAGCAUGACUGUAGGCGCUGAGGUGGCCGAGAAGAUCUGGGUUCCAGACACUUUCUUCGCCAACGAGAAAAGCGCCUACUUUCACAUGGCUACAACACCAAACACAUUCCUGCGUAUCAAUGCUGGAGGAGAAGUUUUUCGCAGCAUCCGGUUAACGGUGACUGCAAGCUGUCCCAUGGACUUAAGAUAUUUCCCAAUGGAUAGGCAGGCAUGCACAAUUGAGAUUGAAAGCUUCGGCUACACAAUGAAGGACAUUCGCUACCGGUGGUCCGAGGGGGACACCUCUGUAAGAAUAGCAAAGGAAGUAGAGCUACCACAGUUCAAAGUGCUUGGACACGUUCAAAAAGCUAAAGAAGUAGCCCUAACAACAGGCAACUACUCACGAUUGGUAUGUGAGAUACGCUUCGUGCGAUCCAUGGGCUAUUACCUGAUCCAGAUCUACAUCCCCGCUGGGUUGAUCGUCGUUACUUCCUGGGUGUCCUUUUGGAUACACCGCAAUGCUAGUCCUGCACGCGUCGCUCUAGGAGUCACCACCGUGCUUACCAUGACCACACUCAUGUCCAGUACCAAUGCUGCGCUGCCCAAAAUCUCAUACGUCAAGAGUAUUGACGUCUACUUGGGGACAUGUUUCGUAAUGGUCUUCGCCUCACUACUGGAAUACGCCACGGUAGGAUAUCUUGGCAAGAGAAUCACCAUGAAGAAAUCGCAGUGCCAGCAACUGGUCAAGCUAGUCGAGCAGCACAAGCAGAAGCCUACCACUUCAGCCAAUGAGCCAAGCAGCUCGGAGACGCUCAUGGCCAGUCCCGAUGUGCCUGUUAUCAAGCCGGUUGGUUCCUGUCAAGUUUGUCCUGCUGCGGUGGCAUCCCAAGGCCAACCGAGGGAAGCACCACCACCCGGAUUUACGAUGGUACGACGAGGUGGAGAAUGCUGCCCUGGACUGCCGGGCUCGUGUCAAGUGUGCCCCGCGGCAGUCGCUUCACAGGCGCAGCAGCAGGCGCCUCCUCCUGGAAUACCAAUGCAGGAAGUUCGCCUAAAAAUGGUCGACCCCAAGGGAUUCAGCAAAUCCUCCACUCUGGAGAACACGGUGAACGGCGCCCCGGAUAUCGAGGCUGCCUUCUGCAAGAACCCCAACAAACUCUUUGGCGUCAGCCCUUCGGACAUCGACAAGUACUCCCGCGUGGUGUUUCCAGUUUGCUUCGUCUGCUUCAACCUCAUGUACUGGAUCAUUUACUUGCAUAUCAGUGACGUCCUACCAGACGAUGUUAACGAGGAGUAGUGACCUCGUGGGGGGAGACAGUACUGGGGGGAUUCACACACACACACCACACACCACCACAGAGUCGAGAAACGCUCAAUUUUAUAGACUUCUUGUCCUCUUCUCUAUUUUUUAUUUUCUUUGUCUAUCUAUCUCUCUUCUUUCAGUUGUUGUGUCCUGCUUACACCUGUGUCUUGCACCGUUCUAUGUAUCAGCAGUGGACUCUUCGCAAAGGUCUGCAACAGUUAAUGACCCUUUCCCUUUGUCUGACACAUAUACGGCACCCAGUUGCCCCCUGAACAGAUGAAAUUCUUCCGAGCCCUCAUAUCUUGUAAGCCCAUUGUUACAAAAUCUUGUGAUGAACCAAAUGACGUGGCACGCCGCCGGAGUGCCCCCACGCGAAUCUACCAUCAAAAUCUCUAAACAUGGACUUCAAAGGCACAUACGAUACUACUCAGCAAACCAAAAGUACUCCAUGCUUUGGCUUUGGCUCCAAGUUGGCUUUGGCCAACGUUUUUGAAUGUCCCUAGAUAAUAUUUCUGGAUGUCGCCAGAAGCGCAGUCCCUGACGUGUAAAAAAAAAAAAAAGAACCUUUUGCGAAGAGCCCAUAUCGUCUCACGAGCCUCUCUAAUUUUCAACGACACACGAAUCUUUCCUUGCACCACUUCUUCUUUAUCACGCUCACGCGUUUUUUUGUUUGUAAUUCACUUGCGAGUCUGCUAACACUGACUCUUAUAAUCACGGUCACGCGGUACACUGAACGCGGUACGCUUUUUGGUUCCCAACGGAACAAAGUCAUUUCUUUUCUUUUUUUUUUUUUUCUUUUUGAGUUUGACUCGUUUGAAGAAUCCCCCCUUUUUUUAAGCCACUUGGACAACGUCGUCAACGGGAGACGAGAGAUUAUUUUCGAUAUAGCCGACGGUUGUCAUAACGCGUGCCAUGUGUCCAUGUACUUUUUGUACAAAGCCUCGAAAUUGUGCUCGUCCGUGCUGGCUGUUGUGUGUGUGACCCCGUCGUACACCCUUUAAGAAAAAGCGCCGCACGGUGCUUGGAUUUCCUUCUGUCGUCCUUGUAUGUUGAGAGGCUUUGAUGCCCCAGAUUACAAACACAGCGAUUGUUCGGAACCCUGCACGGGUAUUACAGACACCGCCCCUCAGAUGGCGGCACUUUUCAACCCCUUUUUUCAUUCUGGAAACCUCGUUUUCUAACUGCAUCGAGGCUAUUGGAAAACUGAUCUCGUUGGACCAGACCCACGGAGUAGGAAGCAGUUAUGCAUGGCAAUGGUUACCAAUAGAGUCACUCUGUGUGAGAGAGUAGGAUAUUGAUUUUAUUUUUUUUUGUGUUUUUUUUGGACAGCGUCCCUAAGGCAUAGUAUCGAUGAACGAAGAUAACGGGGGCUACCCUGGCCCAAUCCAGUAAAACGAUAAAAAGAGGAACAGAUUCAGAACUGCCACGCUUGUUUUCCUCGAUGACAAUCCUGUGAAGUGAUAAAAUCCAGUGAAGUGCCAACAAAAUCCGCUCUGGCCCAAAAUACUGUCAUGAGUUUUGAUUCCAGACAUUAUACGUUACCAUUACUCCCUGGAAAAGAAGUUUUCUCCGGUUAUAAAUCCAUCGGUCGGUCGUACUCUCUCUCAUAGAGCGACGCCAACCACGAACAAAGGAGCGUCUCUCCCUGUCGGUAACCCUUGUAGAAAGAAAUUAAGCACAGUUCGAUGAGAAAGGUCCUUGCGAUAUCGUUGUCCCAAAAAGGCAAGCACACGACUGGCGCCGGGGUGAGCUAGAUUGAAAUAUAGGUUGGAAUGUUUUUAGUCAUUGCAUGACUCCAGUUCUCGGUUAACUGUGGCGCGAAGGCACGCGGGAAACAGUGUCCAUGUAAGGCCACAUCUCUCUCUGCACGCUGCAUGCAUGACUUGCUGUGUUUCUCUGCUGAGUUGCAUGCUCCUGCCUGCACGGAUGUCCCUCUUUCUUCAACGGAGGUAGAAAAGCUGUGGAGGCAGUGCGUUAUAGGAUGAAAUGCUUUUCGUAGAUUGGCGUCGAUUGCCUUCCUCUUUGGGUUCGAUUCUGUUGAAUUCAUUCGGCUGCGUGAAAACCUAAUGUGUGAAUGUUGUUAAUACCAUUCGUAAUUCGGAGUAGACUUACGCGUAACGUUGAGUAAUAAUUUGCGCUGCUUAAUUAAUAUAUUUGUAUAAAACUGAGCGAAGCGUCUGAAGUAGUAGCAUGCCUGUGUGCCACGCACUCUUUGAAGGCUGAGGAAGGGCUUUACAUCUUAAUGCCAUGUACCUUAGGCAUAUCCUGCAACAGUAGGGCAUAAUACUGCAACUUGAUGACAAUUCACACACCGAUGUACUGCUUGCGACAUACUUGUCUGAAAUCUUCAGUCAGCGGUUCAACAGCCCGUAUUGGUUUUGCCGCCUUCGAAGGGGCUGUACGAAUACUGCAUUUGAACGUGGGACAUAUGCCACACGAUUCUAUUAGGCAGGAGAAAUCAUAUUUGCAACACCUGAAGAUUCCAGAUGUGAUAGACACGAGCUGUCGAUCUCAAACAGGUAUGCCAUAAGCGGUACCUUAGUCGUAUUCAGCAAGCGACUUUCUCGAUGUUGCACGAAUACUAUACGCAGACGACUUCGAAACAUCCGUCAUCUGCUGCCUCCUCAACCGUUCUACCGCCAUCCCUCCCACCAUUGCGAGUGAAUCAGACAGCCAUAGAAAUAUAUAUAUAUAUAUAUAUACACCUGACUCGGCGUCCAACAAGACGUGGUGUGGAUGAGUGUGUGUCGAUUCAGCAGCGCUUCGGCCUCUCACAGUGUCGCAGCCGGACAACGACGACGCAUGAUGGUCUUGCGCAGUAGUCGCUGUCCUGCAAGAAACCCCUGUCAUCGUGGACACCCAUGUUAAAAGAUUGACUGCAGCCUGUGCAACUCGUGGGUCUUUCCAACGGCUCAUAGCACCGUCCACUUGUGGGUCUGCUCCCCGAGCAUUCGGUGUGCUGGGCCUCUUAACAUGUACAUUGACCUUAUGGCACACAAGACACUCUAUAGCUCAAUCUUCCUCGGCGUUUGCUUCGCCAGAACAAGUCUUUCGCUUCGUCUGUCUUCAGACGAAGGUCUCUCUGCCGA